UAAUGCAAACAUCAUCAACUACAAUUUGAACAAAACAUCAAUGAUGUAUGUAUCGAUGUUAUUUUUAUCCAUAACAAUUGGAACAACAAUCGGUAUCAUCAUAUUACGUUCAAUAAUGUUUAUAUGGAAUUAUUGGAAUCGUAAACAAUUCAAAUGGGAAACUGAUAAUGGUCGUAAUUGGGCAAUAAUAACUGGUCAAUUAAUUGAUGGUGGUGUUGGUUAUGAAUUUGCUAGACAAUUAGCCUUAAAAGGUUAUAAUCUAAUGAUAUUGAAUGAUGAUCCACCGAAUUUAUUACAAGAAAAAAAACAAUUAAUUCAACGUGAAUGUCCAUUCGUACAGAUACGUAUAAUGUUUGUAAAUUUUCGUCGUUGUUCAAAUCAAAAAUUAUGGACAAAUAUAAGAAAAUUUAUUCAAUUAGAAACAAAUAAUGUUUACAUUUUGAUCAAUAAUGUUAAUUAUUAUCCACAAAAUAAUAAUAAUGAUAAUGAUUCUGAUGAUGGUGAAACAUCGUCAACAACAACCACCAAUUAUCGUGAUUUACAUAAUGCAAAUCUAAUGAGUACAAUGCGUAUGACUGAAUUAAUAUUACCAUCAAUGAUAUCGAAUCAUAAUGGUUUAAUAAUCAAUAUUACAUCGAUUAUAUCAUUACAAAAUGGUCCAACAAUUUCAUAUAGUUCAUCAAAGUUUGAAAAAUUUAAAUAUUAUCAAUCAUUAAUUGCAUAUUAUUCACGUGGUUUAUAUCAAGAAUGUUUGGCUAAUAAUAUUCUUGUUUAUACAUUAACACCUGGUUCAAUAUCAACAAAUUUAUAUGAACCAAUGAAAUCAAUGUUAAUGUUACCAUCAUCAAGACGUUAUGUACAAGGUGUAUUGAAUCAAAUCAAUUGGAAUGUAACAAUGGAAAAUCAUUCCUAUUUACCUAGUUUUUUAACAUCAAUUAUAUUGUUUUCGAUUGAAAAAUUAUCCGAAUGGAAACAAAAAUUUCAACGAUUAAUAUUGAGAAAAUCUUGAUAAUCAGAACAGAACAGAAAAAUCCAUGUGAAAAUACAAAAACUACAAAAAGAGACAAACGUACCCGAAGGUAAAUUUGAUUUUUUUUCAUUUGAAAAAAAGAGAGAUGCCAACAAAAUAAAAUCUACUCUCAUCUUUUUCAUCCGAUCAUUCGAUUAUCGUCAUCAAAACAACAAAAUUUAUUGUGAACAAAAACAAAAAAACAAAAAAUUAUCAAUAAUUUACUCAUAAACAUUUCUGACAUGAUGUGAAAAAUCAAGUUUAACAAAAAAACAAAAAACAAAGACAAAAAAAAAUGAAUGAAAUCAAUUGAUUAAUUGAUUUUCGUCAUAAUUUUUUGUUUGUUUGUUUCCUCGU